AUGUCUCUUGAACAGUAUAAACAGGCCGGGCAAUCCCACCUAUUUCAAUUUUGGGAGGAAUUGAGUCCAGAAUCCCAGAAAUCGUUCUCGGCUCAGCUCUCUCAGUUUUCUGAUCCCGUCACUCUAGUUGAAACAGUGAAGGAUGCCUUGAAGUUCAGUGCCUCAACAGGCUUGAAAAAAGUUGAAGCACUGCCAGCCACUUCUACAUUCUCAACUUUAGAUGACAAAACUGAUCCGCAACGCGUGCGGAAAUUUCAAGAUCAAGGCCUCAAACUUAUCAGUGAGGGCAAAGUUGGUCUCAUUCUCAUGGCUGGUGGACAAGGGACAAGAUUAGGCUCUUCUUUGCCAAAAGGAAAAUAUCGUUUUUUCAACCAAGGGACCCUACCAUGUUUUAACGAGACAGGGGAAAAGAUUCUUUUGGAGUCGAAAUCAUCAAUCUGCGAAUCCCCAGAUGGGAAUGGAGGUCUUUACAAGGCGAUCUAUGAUAACAACUUGUUAACUGAUUUCAAUAAUCGUGGCAUUGAACACAUUCAUAUGUAUUGUGUUGACAAUGUGAUGGUCAAGAUUGUUGAUCCAGUAUUCAUUGGUUGGUCAGCAUCCAACGAUUACGAUAUUGCCACCAAAGUAGUAAGAAAGACCAACCCUGAAGAGAGUGUUGGUUUAAUUGCUCUGGAUUCUGAAACUAAACGACCGUGUGUUAUUGAGUACUCGGAAAUUUCAGAUGAAUUAGCGCAAAAAAGGGACGAGGAUGGUACUUUAUCAUUGAAGGCAGCCAAUAUCGUUAAUCACUAUUAUAAGGUAGCUACUUUGGCGAAAGAAAUCCCUUCUUGGAUCAAUUCAAGGAAAGUUCUGCCUUUCCACAUUGCCAAGAAAAAAAUUGCUUGUUUAGAUUCGAAUUCAGGAGAGAUCAUCAAGCCUCAAAACCCUAACGGAAUCAAAUUGGAGCAGUUCAUAUUCGAUGUUUUCCCAUCAAUUCCUUUGGAGAAAUUUGGAAGUCUGGAAGUCAAAAGGGCACAAGAGUUUUCACCACUGAAAAAUGCACCGGGUAGUAAGAGUGACAGCCCAGAAACCGCUCGUGAGAGUUACCUAAAACUAUCAACGAAAUGGAUCAAGGAAAAUGGGGCGUCAUUGGAGUCCGAGGAUUCACUGGUCGAAGUUUCCGCUUUAACUAGUUAUGAUGGAGAAGGAUUGGACUUUGUAAAGGGAAAAGUGUUUAAAAAUGGAGAUGUAAUUUAG